AUGAUUUGUGAUAUAAAAGUUGGCGUUGAGAAGAGCCUCAAGUUUUUACAGUCAACUUCACAGAUCGCAGCAACGGUCGGCUAUCUGUCACCGGACGAGGCUGCCCUGUGGCUCACAGCCAAGAAUCAAUUCGCGCUGGCACGCCGAUUUCUCCGUCUCUUCAAAUGGAUCGACUGCUGGAAUGCGGCGUAUGCCCAGUAUCAAUCCUUUCCUUCGAGCAAGACGACGAAAGAUCAACCAGCAAAGCCAUUGCAGCCAUCGAUCGCGCAAAGCGGCGUUCAUUCUCUCCUCAUUGUCUCAAAAUGGUCCUUGCUCGGCAUGUACCUGUUCAUAGAGAUGUUUACCAUUGUUGAUGCAGUCCUCGACACCUGGAGACCUUGGGCGGUAACCGCCCAAACUGAAGCGUUGAAAUUCUGGUUCUACGCACUGUCGGCGUCCAUUGCCCUGAGCCUCUACGAACUCUUGUUUGUCUACCCGGACUCUGCAUCAUCGAAGAACAACCAAUCAACCAAUCAAAAGAAGGAGGAGAAGACCUCGACCGUCGUCGAAAAGACUAGCCGCAAGGGUGCGGUCGACGAAUCCGACGAACCGGAGCAGUCGAAACCAAGGAAUCCCCUAACCGCGAAACGCAACGCUAUCUUUCGGCAACUGGUCAUCGACACCUGUGAUUUGCUGAUCCCAGCUGCAGCGGUGGGAUGGCUCCCACUCGACCCUGUCACGGUCGGCGCUGCAGGCUCGGUUAGUGCCCUGCUCGGCGGGUCGGAUGUCUGGUAUCGCGUCAAUGCAUGA